CAGGACAACGUCAAGAAACAGGGAAAAAAAAAAUCCUGCUGCUAAGUAUCUUCUCUAACUCAGCAGAUAAGUGUGGACUCAAGCACAAGAAAGAGAGUCCACAAACGGAACUAUAGAGACAGAGAGAGGCAGGUUUCUGCGGUGAGGGCACCUUCUCUGUGUAUUCGCUGAGCCUUCUUGGGGGAGUUCAAUUCAGGAGUCCAAGGCCUUGCAGGAAAUUUGAGGCAGCAAAGCCUUCACUAGAGCAAAGUGGUGGUCGUCAAACGAAGUCGAGAUCGUCGACUAUGAACGGCGGGUGCGAAGGUGGUGGCGGCGGUGGCCGGCGGCUUCGAGCAACUCCCACCUUCUUCCUGUUUCUUGCUUCCGUCUGCCUUGCCUUCUUGCUUGCUCCUCAUCCCUCUUCGGCGCAGUCGCCGCAAGUUUUGGAUCCGAAAGAAGUGACUGCUCUCCGGCGGAUUGCUGAGGUGCUGGGCAAGAAGGAUUGGAACUUCAGCGCUGAUCCCUGUAGCUGGUUCCCUCCAAACACAGCCUGGCCUUCUCUUGAAUGCCAAUGCCCUCAAAACUCCACCUAUUGCCACGUUACCAGCAUAGCGCUCACGAAAGAAGGUUUGGCUGGAACACUUCCAAAGGAACUGACAGAGCUCCCCUUCCUUACCCAGUUUAAUGUCACCAGGAAUUAUCUGAGCGGUCCAAUACCUCCGGAGUGGGGCGCCGCCCGACUUGUCAAUCUGACUCUAUAUGGAAACCGCCUAUCGGGUCCUAUUCCAACACAACUUGGAGAAAUGGUCACACUUCAGCAACUAAUACUUGAAGCAAAUCAAUUUUCUGGAGAAAUACCCCCACAUAUUGGAAACUUGAGCAAUUUACAGAAAUUGGUCCUCAGUUCAAACAAUUUUACAGGAGCAUUGCCACAAACUUUGGCCAAGUUGACAAGUAUGACUGACUUUAGGAUAAAUAGCCUUGGGUUGUCCGGGAAGCUGCCUGACUUUAUUGGGAACUGGACACAAUUGCAAAGAUUAGAAAUUCAGGGCACUAAUCUGGCGGGGCCUAUUCCAGCUGGCAUCAGUAAAUUGGAAAAUCUAGUGCAGCUGAGGAUCAGUGACAUAAUUGGAACAAGUACAAAUUUCCCUGAUUUGAGCAGACAAAAAAAAUUAUGGCGCUUGAUAUUGAGGAACUGCUUGCUCUUUGGUCAAAUCCCUGAUUAUAUUGGCCAAUUCAAGAUCCUGAGAAUACUAGAUCUAAGCUUUAACAACUUGACUGGUGGAAUACCAAACUCUUUACAGUCCAUUGAUCGGCUAAUGUUCGUGUAUCUGACAAACAAUAGCUUAUCUGGCGUCAUUCCUGAUUGGAUAAAAAGCACUACAGUUGAAGUGGAUUUGUCAUACAACAACUUCACAUACACUGAUUCUGAUGUAUCAGAUAAUUGUGGGGGCGCAGGAAAAACCAAUUUAGUUGAGAGCUUCCCAGAAGUGCUGACAAAUGAACACAUCAUACAUCCUUGCUUGAGGAAAGCUUCUCCUUGCAAUGCUCGAAAACAAAGACACUCUUCUUUUCAUGUGAAAUGUGGGAGCAGUAAAUCAGUUACCAUUGGCAACACAACAUUUGAAGGAGAUACUGCAAUAAAUGGUGGUGCAGCUUUCUUUCCGAGUCCUCAAGGAAACUGGGCAUUAAGUAGCACUGGAACUAUAAUGGACAAUAAUGAUGACACUGAUGAAUACACCGUCUCCACCAACUCAACACUAUCUAUGCCAAACCCAGACCUAUACAGAACAGCACGAAUUUCUCCACUCUCUCUCAAAUACUAUGGGCUAUGUCUGUGGAACGGACCUUACACAGUGAGGCUUUACUUUUCUGAAAUAGUAAUAACAGAUGACAAAAAUUAUACCAGCUUGGGGAAGCGUAUAUUUGAUGUGUAUAUUCAGGGGAAGCUAGAACUCAAGGAUUUCAAUAUAAAAGAGGCUGCCAAUGGCUCCAACAAGGCCACCGUUCGGACAUUUCAAAGUGUGAACGUAACAAAUAACAUACUGGAGAUUCACUUCUUUUGGGCUGGAAAAGGCACUACAGGAAUGCCAUAUGCUGGAACAUAUGGUCCUCUGGUUUCUGCUAUUUCAGUUGAAUCUGAAUUUAAUCCUCCCAAGGAAGGUAUUGACAGGAAACUUGUCAUCGGCAUUGUGGCCAGUGUGAUGUCUCUCUUCUUGUUGAUAUUCUUGAUCAUUGGCAUACUCUGGAAGAAGGGCAUCCUGAUGCAUAAGCAAGAUGAACUAGAACUUCGGGGGCUCGACCUCCAAACCGGAUCCUUCACCUUGAAACAGAUUAAAGCUGCCACAGCGAACUUCGAUGAAGCUAACAAGAUUGGAGAGGGAGGUUUUGGAUCAGUUUACAAGGGUCAUCUGUCAGAUGGAACUAUUAUUGCAGUCAAGCAGCUCUCUUCCAAAUCAAAGCAGGGUAGCCAUGAAUUUGUCACAGAGAUAGGAAUGAUUUCCGCCUUGCAACACCCAAACCUUGUAAAACUGUAUGGUUGUUGCACUGAAGGGAAGCAAUUAUUACUUGUAUACGAGUACAUGGAGAACAAUUCUCUUGCCAUUGCACUUUUUGGUCCAAGAGAGAAGAGACUGAAACUGAACUGGCCUACACGCCGCAAGAUUUGCAUUGGGAUAGCCAGAGGUCUGGCUUAUCUUCAUGAAGAAUCCACUCUGAAGAUUGUACAUAGAGACAUCAAAUCUACCAAUGUGCUGCUUGACAAAGAUCUGAAUGCUAAAAUAUCUGACUUUGGACUUGCCAAACUUCAUGAAGAUGAGAAGACCCACAUCAGCACCCGCGUAGCUGGAACUUAUGGAUACAUGGCACCUGAGUAUGCCAUGCGUGGUCAUCUGACUUACAAGGCGGAUGUUUACAGCUUUGGAGUCGUUGCUCUUGAGAUUGUUAGUGGGCAGAACAAUGUAAACUUCAAGCAUUUGGGAGAAGGUGCCUACCUUCUAGACUGGGCGUGUAUUCUUCAGCAAACAGGAAAUCUGCUGGACCUUGUAGAUCCUGCUCUAGAAUCAACCCACUCGAAAGACGAAGCCUUAACAAUGCUUAAUGUGGCUCUCCUGUGCACCAAUCCAUCCCCUCUGCUUCGACCGAAAAUGUCCACAGUGGUGAGCAUGCUUGAAGGCCGGGAACCAGUGCAGGCCCCUCUUCCAACCCCAGGAGUAUCAGCUACCGACUUGAGCAGCCGAAUGCAAAAAAUAGCAGAGUGGCAGUGCAACAGUCAGGUCCCGGCGUCCAGCUGUUCCGCAGAAAUGCCAUGGAGUCGAUCCUACGUUUCAGGUCCUAUAGAGGAUGAGAGUGAGCGCGGUCUACCAGAAAGUCUCCAUGAAAUCCCUCCAUCUUCAUAGGCCAACUGCUGUGAGGGAGAUGCCUGAUUGCGUGGAGUUCCCACAGAUGGUGGGCAGCAUUGCGACAGAAACAAGUGGAUACAAAGAACCUUGUUUCUGAAAGAAUACGUAGAUCACGUUCGAGGCAUACCACCAAAACGAUGAAGCUCCAGAACAGAACCCCUUCUCUGUUAUGGGUGUUUUCUUCCUGUGCUUCAACAUACUUCUUGAGGGGAGUGCGGAUUGAGGAAUCAGUUUCUUGCGGCAUGUACCGUUGGCCUUUCCAACUACAGACUGUGUAUAGUUGACCAUACUAAACCUAUGAACAUCGUAUAUGACAUGAUCGAUUGAAUACAAAUUACAAUUUUUUUUUU